AUGCGCGAAGCUACUGCGGCCGCAAACUGCAGCUGGCCGCCCAGAACUGGGAGGACCCGUGAAGAUCCGCGCAACCAACAGCAGCGUCUGACCGGCAACCGUGAGGCCACGCACGUCAACCGCAUGGCGAGCUCGCAAUCUCCUGGCGAAACCGGUGUGCACGGGAUCGGGCGAGCGUCUCAAGAAGUCCUCAGCAUCAUCGUUGCCGUACUGGAGAACCCCAACAGCAGCGCAGAGCAUCGCGAGCAGGCGUUGUCUGAGCUCGUGCCCCUCACUAAGGAUGGCUCACCAGAGAUGUGGGAAAACCACUUCAGGAACAUGCUCCGCUGCUUGGUGAAGGAACUGGAGGACCAAGAGGUGCCAGUAAAGGUGGCUGCACUGCGCGCGUUGGCUGAAUUGUUGAAGAGGCAGCCGCAAAAGUUCCACAGUUAUUCUGAGCUCACCUUGCUCAAGAUCUUCACCGCACUCAAGCAACCUGAGAGAGAGGUGAGCCGAGCGGCCGAGCUGUGCGCCCUGGAGGCUGCUGCGGCGCUACCACCCGAGGAGACAGUGCGACACCUGCACGCAGUCACCGGUGAGUCGGACGUGCAAGGCGUCGUCGUCGCUGCGAUCAGGGUCAUCUCCCGACUGACGGAAGUGCAUCCGAAAGCUGUAACUGUCCAGCUUCUACCGCAGACGAUGCCACUCUUGAAGAAGGCGUAUGACCACAAUGCCAGUGCGGUGCGGAAGGCGGCAGUGUUCUGUAUGGUGACACUGCAUGGCGUGGUCGGCACUGAACUGAUGAAUCCGCACGUAGCUUCCCUGACGAGAUCUAAGAUGGCGCUUCUUAAUCUCUACAUCAAGAGGGCGCAGCGAAACAGCAGCGAAAGUGCAACUGGCUCGUCUUCGACUGCAGCAUCUACCAACAUUAAACUGUAA